AUUCUUAGCCUGCAAGUAACACCGUGAGCGACUUCCAUUGACGUAGCCCCCACCAUUAUUCAUUAUUCACGACCACCCUCUUUCUCUUUCCUCUUAUAGCUUCCCCCCCUCCACCUCCAUGCUUCUCUUGGCUGUCACAUGGAGGCGCGAGCGACUCGGGCCCUCUUCCAUCAGCCCUUGUAGCGAAGAAGAAGAAGAAUCAAGAAAGAAAGAAAGGAAGGAAGGACGCGGCCUUCCCAUCCCCGCCCUCUCCGUCUCGCGGUACGUCCGUUCGCUCAUCAGUUAACUUGAGCCAGUCAAAUGCAAGAUUCGAGAAUGUUAUUUGCUGAGGAAGUUUCGGAUGUAAAGCCAAGGAAGAAAAAAGCUCCUUCAAGAAAGGCAGCUCUGCUCCCAUUGCAAGGUAAUGGUGUUCAUGGGGUUCAACAGCUGAAGGGUGCUCCAUCAGUGAAGACGGGGCAGAAAACCUCCAAAAGAAACCUGAAGAAUGAUGUCUCCACAUUGCUUCAUCAGCAAGAGAGAUCAAAUUCAGAUUCAUUGCCGGACUCUUCUACAUCCGGGGGCGAGUAUCGAGCACUGAGGAGGAGAUAUUUGCUCCUAGAGGAAGAACGCUUUUCCUUGGGGAACGAGUUGAUAAAGGUCGAGAAAGAAGUUAAGGUGCUUGAAGAGGAAAAAUUUGCACUGCUGGAUAAACUUGUGGUGCUGGAAGGCUUGAUUGAUCCCUCAGAGUUGAAGAUGUAGGGCAGAUACUAAAGAGUUCAUCGAGAUAUGAUGAUUGGCAGACAAAGAAGACAGUCUAUUUAGUACAGAUGAUGAUCCUUGUUCAUAGUAGAGCUCGACGUCUCAGUUAUGUCGACCCGCUUAAAACUUGGGAGACAGCAAAUGGUAAAGUUAGUCACAGUUUGGCUUCUAACUGAUUUGAACCCCAAUGUUGUAAUGGUUUCAUGUCGAAAGUUAUAGUUCCAAAUAUCUUUGUGGUUACAUCUUUUUUCUGUUCUUUAUUUCUAUGGAAAACUUUAUGGAGCACUUUCAAUGGUCUUGUUUUGUUUGACUUGAGAAGUUGGCGAUACUU